AUGGACGGCUCCAAUACUUCCAAGCCCAAGUUCCGUGUCGCGAUUGUUGGCGGCGGCGUCGCGGGUCUCACACUCGCGCUGACCCUCUGCCGAGAUCCGAACAUCGAAAUCGACAUCUACGAGGCCGCCAACCAGUUCGCCGAGGUCGGGGCCGGCAUUGGGCUAUGGCCCCGCUGCUGGCAUAUCCUCCGCCAGUUAGGCGUCUUCGACGACGUUGCAUCCAAAAAGCCCGACUUCGUUGGCGACAAUACUCCAACCCCGGUGUUCAGAUUCCGGAAAGGUGAUCAGUCAAGGGGUAUCGACUUUUGGGACAUGAGGACCCCCGGCGGCCUUCUGCAGAUUCACCGCGCCGACUUCCAGUCCGCGCUACUCGCACACCUCCCAUCCGGUCCCAAUUGCCGGAAGCACCUCUCUAAGCGCCUCGCCUCGUACUCCGAAACGUCACCCUCCCCUUCCUCUCCCGUCACCCUCACUUUUGAAGAUGGCUCGAUUGCAGCAUGUGAUGUUCUCCUCGGUGCCGACGGUAUUCGCUCCGCGGUCCGUAAGCAGAUGUGCAAGGAGUUGGGUUUGGGCAGUGGAGACCCCGUCUUCAGCGGCAAGAUUGCCUUUCGAUGCUUAGUAUGCACUGAGCAGCUGCGAGCGAUCGCGCCAAAUCACCCGUGCCUUAGCUCCGGUAUGGAGUUUGUCGGAGAGAACGGUUUCAUACUAUGCUAUCUCAUAAACGGCGGGAAGACUGUCAACUUUGUCGCGUUUUCGUUCAUGAACGAGCUUGAAGGCACGCGGCUUGAUGGCCCACCGGUCCGGAUCGGUACAAGAGAAGAAGUGAUGCAGCACUUCGGCCACUGGGAUGCGGACGUUCAGGUGCUCCUCCAGUGCGUUGAUGCACCAAAACGAUGGGCAAUCGAGGUAUCACCGACAUUAGAGACUUUCGUCUCUGGGCGUGUAGCUCUCCUCGGCGACGCUGCACAUGGUAUGGCCCCGUUCCAAGGGGCGGGCGCUGGACAGGGCGUCGAGGACGCUUAUCUACUUGGCACGCUCCUCACGCAUCCGUCUGCCUCCCUUGCCUCACUUCCCCGGAUACUCAAAAUCUACGAUGCUGUACGCAGGCCGUACGCUCAAGAAGCAGUUCGCCGCUCCCGCCAGGCGGGUAUGCUCUACACACUUCGAGACGAACAGUUCCGCGAUAUCGGCAUCCUGGCGAAGCAAAACGGACGCGCGGCGGGACAACUGGGCGCGAAGCUCAACGGCCUGGCGCAUGCGAUAUACGACAUCUGGAAAUGGUGUUGGACGACGACCCUUGACGGGGACGUUUCGCGGGCGAUUGAAAUGUUGCGAGCACAAUGACACUAACAACUCGAACACUGCGAGUGAGAUUAGGACAACACUAAAUACUAUUCUGGACGUACCGCAUGUUUUUGGAUAUGAUGUGGUUACCGGGAAUUUCUUC